AUGCCCGCGCUCGCACACGCGGCGAACGGCGUCCGCGCGAGGCCGUCCGCGCUCGCGUUCCGCGCGUCGCGCCUCGCGGGCGACGUCCCCGGCGGGAUCCUCGAGCGCGUCCGUCGAGACGCCGCGACGUCGUCGUCCGGCUCCGUCGUUCGCGCGCGGCGUCGCGCGCGAGCGGCGCGAACGUACGCGUUCGGGGGGAGAGGCAAGGAGACGCACGAGCACGUCGUCAGGUCUGGAGACACGCUGUGGGACAUCGCGAUGGACUACGGCGUGACCGUGGACGCGCUCCGCGCCGCGAACGGGUUCCGCCGCGACGGCGGAUCGUACCAGUUCCUGUACGAGGGCCAAGAGAUCAGAGUGCCGGUGACGGAGAGCAACCGGCACUUGUGCGUCGCGAAGCCGCCGCCGGCGAGCGCGACCGCGAAGCGCGCGGCGUCGUCGAGAGCCGCGCCGCCGACGCCGACGCCGACCAAGGCGGCGAGCGGUCGGAGCGAGAAGACCGCGAGCGGCGGCGUAUACGGCGGCGGCGGCGCGUCGAGUUUGUCGCCGCCGCCGAACAGGGCGCGCGCGUUCUUGUCCGCGUACGGCGGCUCCCCGACGUCGCUCCCCAUGCCCGGGUGGUCGUUCAACUUCAUCGAGGGCGCGACUCACGCCGCGGAGGUGGUCGCCCCGAUCGCGAUCGCCGGGGUCGCGGUCUGGGUUUUCAUAACCGGCGCGUUGAAGGCGUUGGAGCUGACGUUCGACCGCGACGACGCGACGGUCGGAGACAACGCGAGCGCGGCGAGACGACUGGAGAAGAUGAUGGCGGACCGCGAGCGGCGGUACGGGUACAGGUUCCAGGACCAGAACGACGACGUCGAGGAGGCGGCGUAUCAGUACGCGAACGCCGCCGAAGAGAACGAGUACGAGUACGAGGACGCGGAGGGUGACUACGCGUACGACGCCGAGCGCGACGCGCGCGACGACGUCGAGGAGGUCGAAGAGGACCCGAACGCGAUCCCGCGGAACGCGACGCUGGAUAAGCUCAUCGAGUGGGCGCUCAUCGUGGAAGGGGAGCUGUUGACGUUGUGGGCGCGGUUUUGGUUCUUAGUCCACGCGUGGUUUCGGUUGCAGGCGAGGAUGCUGCGGGUGCGCGUCACGGGCGGGGCGCGAUGA